AACUCGCCGAGCAAUUUGAACUCGCACCUGCUGAACACUCGCGUGGAGAAAUUACGAAGCAAGUUCAGAUUCCUGCAGGACAUUGGAUUGACGCACGAGGAGGCGGCGAGGGUUUGCGCGAGAAUGCCGGCGAUAUUCGGGUACAGUGUAGAGGAGAAUCUGCAGCCGAAGAUUGAGUAUCUGAUGAAGGAAAUGGAGAGGGAAGUGGAGGAAUUGAAAGGAUUUCCGCAGUAUUUUGCGUUCAGUUUGGAGAGACGAAUCGCGCCAAGACAUUUGCAUCUCAAACAGAGGAACGUUCGAAUUCCGCUCAACAGAAUGCUGUUGUGGAGUGAUAAUAGAUUUUACACGAAAUGGAAAUGAAACUCACCAAUUAUGUUACGUAAAGAAAAAUUAAAUUGUAUUAUGAACUUAGUAUAUAACUUAUAAUUUCUUUUGCCAACUCGAGCUUUGCAU